AUGUGGCCAUCGUGCCUGCGGUUGAGCCAGCAGUUCAGCCAGAGGUCCCAAAGCCAGAAGAAGUUUCUACCCAGGAACGAUCCACUGUUGCUGCUGACUCUCCCAGCACUGAAGAGACAGCAGUACUUGAGCAGAAGGAGGAUGUGGCCAUCGUGCCUGCGGUUGAGCCAGCAGUUCAGCCAGAGGUCCCAAAGCCAGAAGAAGUUUCUACCCAGGAACGAUCCACUGUUGCUGCUGACUCUCCCAGCACUGAAGAGACAGCAGUACUUGAGCAGAAGGAGGAUGUGGCCAUCGUGCCUGCGGUUGAGCCAGCAGUUCAGCCAGAGGUCCCAAAGCCAGAAGAAGUUUCUACCCAGGCACUUUCCAGCUCAACGCUGCAUUCAUUUCAUUUUCAUUGUAUGA